CGCCGCCUUCGUAGUCUGGCCAAGUGUUCAUGCGCCGGGCAUAUAAACCGGCAACACCAUCUGCGUGUUGUUGAAUAACGCCAGUGGUGCUAUCAUCGUGGUACGGCGGAUGCUUGCAUGAUCACUGUCUGCUUCUCCUCCUUCCUCUCUAGUUACGAUGUUCCAGUUUCACAUUUGGGCCCUUCUCGGCCUCUUUGCUCUUCUCUCUUCGUUUGCCACUGCCUUAACAAUCGUUCUCGAAGAUGCGGGCCACCUACCGGCAGGGUGGAAGCUCGAUCACCAUGCCACCGAUUCCGAUCAGAUACAACUGUCCAUUGCGCUGAAAGAAGCCGGGAUAGAAGAGCUGAAAAGACGCCUCCUGCAGCAGUCUACAUCUGACAACGACCCCAACAGCCGCCACCUCACAAAGGAAGAAGUCGACAAACACCGUCAGCCAGACCGAAAGUCAGUCACAGAGGUAGGCCGUUGGCUACAGUCCCACGGCAUCAAAAGCUACAAGGCGGAGAACAGCUGGAUCACCUUUGACGCUACAGCUGCUACCGUCAAGGCGCUCUUUGAAGCCGACCUAACCUACUACUCGUACAACGGCGAUCCCAGCACCCGAAUCCUUCGUGCCCGUUCUUACACCAUCCCCAAGUGGCUCAACGACGACAUCGACUUCGUCCACCCGCUUACACACUUCACGCCUCCUCGCAACCGCAAUGAUAGUACCCUCCGCCUCGGCCGUCGCCAGCCAACUCAACCCGAACUGUCCGCCCGGGAGGGCUUCUUUGCCCCUCCUUGCUGGACCGGCACCUUCCCUGGCUGCAUCCGCAAACUCUACAACCUCACCUACACUCACCCUCCCCGCUCUCGCUCUCCCUCUCCUGUGCGGUUCGGCAUCGCCGGUUUUCUGGAACAAUAUAUCACCCACCGCGACGUGACCUCCUUCCUAACCACCUACGCUCCCGAACUGCUCCCUCCCACUCCCACUCCAUCCCGGGGCGGCAGCGGGGGCAGCCUAACCCGCCCGCCCGUCACAAACACCACCACCGAGCCCCCCUACAACAUCACCAUAACCCUCCUCAACAACGCCACCCCCUGGGACCCGCAUCCCACCGACCCCGCCCUCUCCAGCCUCGAAGCCAACCUUGACGUACAAUACGCUCUCAGUCUGGGUCAUCCUACGCAAGUGAUUUACUACGCCACCGGCGGGCGCGGGACAAAACUCGAUUCGGCUGGGCGUCCCCUCCCUGCGAACGAUCCUAGAGCGAAUAACGAGCCCUUCCUCGAGUUCUUGCAAGCCUUGCUGGCCUUGCCUGAUACGCAGAUCCCGCAUGUGCUAAGCAUCAGCUAUGCAGACGACGAACAAUCCGUCCCGCGAAAAUACGCUCACAGAGUAUGCGACCUCUUCGUUGCCUUGGCAGCGCGCGGAACAACAGUGCUGGUGGCAACCGGCGACGGCGGUGCCGCGGGAAUAGGCUUCUCGGCCGGAGGCGGCGACAGUUGCAUCAAAAACGAUGGAUCAGGUAGAAGAGCUUUCGUCCCUACCUUUCCUGCCUCCUGUCCCUGGGUUACCAGCGUGGGAGCAACUGAUAACACGGCCCUAAAUCUAACCGGCGCUGAGUUUUCCAGCGGUGGCUUCAGCGAGUACUUUGAUCGACCUCUCUGGCAGCGAGCGGCAGUGGACCCUUACGUCUCCAGCCUUCUCCGCUCUCAAUCAAGCAAACCGGGUCAACCAAGCCAGCCCCGUGAUCAAAAAGGAGUCUACUUCUCCCACAACGGGCGCGGAACUCCCGACAUUGCUGCCAUCGGCUCAGGCUUCCAGAUCAUGCACCGCGGAGAGAUAGUGGAAGUACGCGGGACGAGUGCGUCAACGCCGGUGGUGGCGGCCAUGGUGGCGCUGGUUAAUGAUCAACGCUUGAGACAAGGAAAGAGGAGCUUGGGGUGGCUGAACGGGUAUUUGUACUUGGACCAAAGGGUGAGGGGGGUGCUCAGGGAUGUGGAAGAGGGACGGAGUGAGGGGUGUGUUUUUCCUGGGGAUGUGAUGGAGGAGGGGAAAGAUAAGGGAAAGGGGAAGGCGAAGGGGGAAGGCCGAAGGCACUAUGGGAUGGAGAAGAGGCAGGGGAAUUCGACGGAAGAGGGUGGCGGGGAUGGGAAUCAAGGGGAAGGAGAUGAAGACGGCGAGGAAUGGGAAUGGGAAGGGGAAGCCGGAGUGGGAGAGGGAGAAGGAAUAGGAGAAGGGGACCGGAGUGGGAACGUGAUAGUGGGGGGAUGGGAGGCGAAGGGGGGCUGGGAUCCAGUUACGGGGCUGGGAGUUCCUGGUGACUUUCAGGAUAUGUUGAGGGUUUUGGGCGGUGGGUAAAGGGAACCAUACCGCGACCUUUUCUAGCCAAAG